CACUGCGGCCGAUAGCAGAAUGAAAAUUUUUAUUUUGCUUGAUGGAUGGCGGACCGCCAAUCCCUUGUUCAAAAAGCAGACGGUUUUGGUUGUAACACUUGACAAUUGUUUGUUUAGCACAUUUUGUAAGACGCACCGUAAAAACUUGAUAAUUAAUAAUAAUAUGUCUGGCAGUAAUAAAGUUUGUGUUAUUUGCGGUAAAUAUCGAAGAAGGUCGACAAAAGGUUCUUUAUCUUUUUUUUCAAUCCCUAAAAAAGAUAAAAAAUUGAGAAGUAAAAGUGAUAUAGAGUUAGUUGAAAGAAGAAUUGCAGCUUGGAUGGCAGCUAUUGGAUCUAAUAUUAAUAAGUACUAUGGUGCACCAUCUGUGUGUUCUUUACAUUUUCAUUCAGGCAAACCAGCAUACAUGUUUUCUGAAAAUGAUGUGGACUGGGUUCCAUCAAAGAAUUUAACAAAAAUAGAUCAACAGGAAGAACAAGAAGCACAUUCAAGUUGUGAAGACAGAUUACCAGUUAAUGACAGCACAGUGCAUGAUAAUAAUGUGUUGCCUGGCACAUUUCAAAGUAACGACAUUACAAUGGCUGACACUACUGUGGAUUCCAACUUGGAACAUAAUGAUACCUCUAAAGGGAAAUGCCUUUUUGAAAUCCAAAAUCUUGUUAAUCUUUUGAAAAAAAUUGGAAUUACUAAUCCGGAAGAACGCACAUUAAGAGAAAUAACGACACAUUUUGAAACGUUUCAUUCUACAAUUCAAACAGAAUCUGAUGAGGUGUCGCAUCCACAAACUCAAGUUUCUCCCAUUCAGUCACAAGACAUUAACUUAGGUAGAAAUUCAGUUGAUGAACAACUAGAAGCAAUGAGGGUAGAGGAGUCUACAAAGCUGAACGAAACAAUUUCUUCUUUAAGAGAGUUAGCCAGGAAAGAAAAAUUUAUUAACAGACUCAAAGAUAAUGAUAGAAUGACAAAGUUUUACACUGGACUCAAGUCAUGGAAACUUUUUGAAAUCACUUACAAAUUAAUUUUGCCUGGAAUUCAAGACUUAAGUUGGCUUACAAAACGAUCACUUCCAACGGAAGAGCAAUUCCUUCUAGUUCUAAUGAGGUUGCGACUCAAUUUACGUGAACAAGACUUAGCUUACCGCUUUCACAUUUCUCAAGCGGCAGUUUCCUCCUAUUUAUUGAAAUGGCUUGACGUAAUGUACGAUCGUCUAUCCCUGAACUUUAUGGUUCGGCCCAGAAAGGAAACUUUAGUUGAAUCAACGCCAACUUUAAAAAAUAAGGAAAUUCCUGUGAAAGUAAUUGGAAGAUUGCGAAAAACUUUCGGAAUUUUAAGAGAUGAAGCACCAGUAUCGUUAAUAGCACGCGACGAAGACUACAUUCCUCAUUUUGAUAAAAUCGCUUUUGUCUGUUGUUGCCUAAGUAACGCAAACCCCAGCGUUGUAUCCGAUUCGGUAACUGCUGCUAACUGUCUUACAUCUGAUGACCAAUGAGACAAAUACAAAAAACCUUUCACAAAA